UCUGGGAGCCGGCCAUGGGGCCGGGAGGCGUUGCGGCUCGGCAGCUCUGUACGCAGCUGUGCCGUAGGCACCUUUCCGUGCUUGUUGCUGCGUCUCCGCUUCGGUUGGGCUCAGGGCAGCUUCCCACGGGACCUGCUGUCGGCCGGGCCUGCUUGACCCCCGACCAUGCGCGCGGCCUGCAUGGAGGGCCUGACCUGGAGAAGCCGACUUGGAGGGCAGCCCGCGAGGGGCUCCCGGAAUCACCCCUUGCAGAUCAUACUGGUCCCAAGUUUGAUAUUGAUAUGCUGGUGUCACUUCUAAGGCAAGAAAAUGCAAGAGACAUCUGUGUGAUCAAGGUUCCUCCAGAAAUGAAAUAUGCAGAUUACUUUGUGAUCGUUAGUGGAACUUCCACCCGACACUUGCAUGCUGUGGUCCACUACAUCGUGAAAACGUACAAAUUCCUAAAAUGUAAAAGCGAGCCACAUGUGAAGAUUGAAGGAAAGGACACUGAUGACUGGAUGUGUGUGGACUUCGGCAGCAUGGUGAUUCACUUGAUGCUUCCAGAAACCAGAGAAAAGUAUGAACUAGAGAAAUUAUGGACCCUACGUUCUUAUGAUGACCAGUUAGCUCAGAUAGCACCUGAGACGUUACCAGAAGACUUCAUUCUUGGACUAGAAGAUGACACUUCUUCCUUGACUCCAGUGGAGUUCAAAUGUGAAUAAAAUACGUUUUAGUCA